AUGGAGAUUGCCAUCUCUGCAGUGAUUGGUGAGGGCGUGAGCCAGUUCAUCUCCUUCCUAAUGAGCAAGUCCUCCAACAACGCAGCGUCAGAGGAGCAAAAGAUGGGGAGACUGCAGCAUCUGCUCCUGAGGGUUCGGACAGUCGUCGAGGAGGCGGACGGGCGGUACAUCACCAACUCGGGGAUGGUGGAACAGCUGCAGGUGCUCGCAGACGCCAUGUACCGAGGCUACCGCCUGCUAGACAGCUUCAGCUGUGGAAGGCCUAAUCCUUUGAUGGAGGAGGUUAGCAACACAUCUGCCUUGUCUUUUCGAAGUCCUCCCAAACGUUGUCGUACACUUACUUUUGGAAGGAAGGCCAAGGCCGUUAGCCUUGAUCAGUCGUUGGAUGAUACACUGGACAGAUUAGAAACUGCUGUUGCUCACAUGGCAGAAUUUGUUGUGCUUUUGGGUGGCUGUGAACGCUUGUCGCGUCGACCAUACGAUGCGCAUCUUUACAUCGACAAUUUCAUGUUUGGGCGUCAUGCUGAAAAGCAAAGGCUCCUCAACUUCUUGUUGCACCAGAACAGUUCAGCUGGUUCACCGCCGCCGGUUCUUUCGGUGAUCGGCGAUCGUUCGGUAGGAAAAAGAACUCUGGUCGCUCAUGUAUGCAAUGACAAGAGGGUUACUUCACACUUCUCUUUGAUUUUACACUUGAAUGAAGGUGAUCUUUUUAGAGUAGAAGAAGAACAUGAAAGGCUGGCAAAGGGCAAGAUCUUGAUAGUUGUUGAGUUUGAUUCAGGAGUAGUGGAUGAGGAGGACUGGGUAAAAUUUUAUUCGUCUGUGACAAAUAUGAAGAAAGGAAGCAAGGUGGUGAUCAUCAGCAAGCAUAGAGAAUUCGAAAAAAUUGCAACUGUCAAGCCAAUUUUUCUCAAUACCCUGCCAUAUGAGGAGUUCAGGUACCUUUUCAAGAUACUCGCAUUCGGAAGCACAAACCCCAUGGAACAUCUUCAAUUGCUAAGAAUCGUGGACGAAUUAUCCAAGGAGUUGCAACUGGGAUGGUCACUUGUCACAGCAAAUGUGCUUGGAGAAGCCUUGAGAACGAAUCUCGACGUACGUUUCUGGCUUUGCAUGCUAAACAAGAUUAGGAGAAUAACUGAGAGAAACAUGUCCGUUUUUGGCGCGUAUCCUAAAGCACUUGCUGAACGGGGUCAUCAUGUAGACAUGACAGACCUAGAGUUAACCCCUGGUUCUCCAUUUCACUUGGCGUGGAGUACAAAAGCCCAUGAUGACUCAGUAAAGAAGGAACUACCAAAGGUGACAAUUCGAGAACUUACGGUAGAUCCUACUGCUAGGCCAAAAGGGGACUUCAUUAUGAUUAUAUGGCAAUCAAGGAUACCACCUCACACUUGUUUUGGUCACUUUGUUCCAAAUUGUGAUCAGGGUAUGCGUCAGCAUGUUCUCUUGUCAGGGAGGAAACGUCGAGGAGUGCCUUUAUAA